UGUGCAAAAGCGUUUCAGUGCACGUCCUACUUGUGUAGCUCUACAGCAGGGCGAUUUUGCGCGUUCCCGUGACUCGCCAUAGAAAACAAAGCUGAACGUCUCCCAUAACAGCAAGGGGUGCAGACUUGAGGAAUAUCUGAAUUUAUUCUGGAUACAUCAUGCUGAAUAUGGAUUUACACUGGGUGUAGCAUCGUUGGAGACCAAGCCUUCACGGCUGGGGUGACCACAGGACAUUCGCGAAACUGACGAAAAUAACAUCAGUGGUUGUUUUUUUUUCUCGGGGUGCUUUGUCUUGUCCACCUAACGAUAGCAAACCAUCAUUCCCAUUUCAAUUUGCAAGAUAUCCAGCUAGUGACUGCUAGCUGCCUGCCGGGAUGUAUCGUCAUGUUGUCACCUAAAAGUAACUGCUAGGACGUUGGAUUGUGAAAGGAUACGCAGAAAACCUCUCCGAGGUCCCAUCGGGUUGUCACCGGGACCUGAAUCUGUGUUAGCCACAGUCGCGGAACCCACUGUUUUCGGCGAUAUGGCGGAGCAGGGCUACUCAUCCUGGGCGUACUCCCUAGUUGACUCCAGCCAGGUGUCCACCUUCCUCAUCUCCAUCCUUCUUAUCGUCUAUGGCAGCUUCAGAUCAUUAAACAUGGAUUGUGAGAACCAGGAGAAGGAUAAAGACGGUAAUCCUACGACAACGGGUUUCAACAAUGGCACCAACAACAGUGAGUGUAUUCAGACUAUAGACUCCACACAGGCCCUGUUCCUGCCCAUAGGAGCCUCGGUGUCUCUGCUAGUCAUGUUCUUCUUCUUCGACUCGGUACAGGUCGUCUUCACAAUCUGCACUGCAGUUCUUGCAACAAUUGCAUUUGCAUUCCUCUUGUUGCCAAUGUGCCAGUAUCUGACCAGACCCUGCUCCCCACAGAACAAGAUUUCCUUUGGCUGCUGUGGGCGUUUCACUCUGGCUGAGCUCCUCUCCUUCUCCUUCUCCGUAUUGUUGGUGCUCAUCUGGGUGCUGACUGGACACUGGCUCCUCAUGGAUGCUUUAGCCAUGGGCUUGUGUGUGGCCAUGAUAGCCUUCGUGCGGCUUCCCAGUCUGAAGGUGUCUUGCCUGCUGCUGUCAGGACUGCUCAUUUAUGAUGUAUUUUGGGUGUUCUUCUCGGCUUACAUCUUUAAUAGUAAUGUGAUGGUUAAAGUUGCCACCCAACCUGCUGAAAAUCCCAUAGAUGUUCUGUCCCGGAAGCUCCACUUGGGGCCAGGGAUGGGCCGCGACGUCCCCCGUCUCUCCCUACCUGGAAAACUGGUCUUUCCCAGCUCCACAGGAAGUCACUUCUCGAUGCUGGGGAUAGGAGACAUUGUGAUGCCGGGGCUGCUGUUAUGCUUCGUCCUGCGCUAUGACAACUAUAAGAAGCAAGCAAAUGGGGAAGUCCCUUUGUCUGGACGCAUGCAGCGCGUCUCCUAUUUCCACUGCACUCUCAUCGGAUACUUUGUGGGUCUGCUGACUGCCACUGUGGCCUCCAGGAUCCAUCGUGCUGCUCAGCCAGCGCUGCUCUACCUGGUGCCCUUCACCCUGCUGCCUCUGCUCACUAUGGCCUACCUGAAGGGGGAUUUGCGGCGCAUGUGGUCCGAGCCCUUCCACACCAAGACCAGCAGCUCCCGCUUCCUGGAGGUAUGAUGCACCCUGGGAUAAACGACCAGUGCGGGGAGGACUGCUGAUCCUUUACCUUAAUUAGAGGGAAGAAGAGAGGGCGCACUCACAGUGAGGCCAUGUUGUCAUCACUUGUUCAUGCUUUCCGCCAAUCUUCUGUGAAAACCCUCAGAAGGACACCAGUGUGUGGAUCACAACGCCCCAACACGAUUCAUUGUUGGUCCCUACAUCCUCCCCGUUUCAUCGCCACUUCCUCUUUUCUGUUUAUUUCCUCUUCAUUAUAGCACAUCCUGCCUACGCUGUGUUUGCCCCCCCCCCUCCUCCCUCUCUCUCUCCUUUUUCCCUUUUCUCUGCUCUAUAGUUAGUCUCAUUUGCCACUUCCCUCCCGAGGCUCGUUCCAUUCGUCAGGCCUCUUCUCGCUGCGUUUUCCUUCUUUCCCGGUUCCUUUAAUUUUCUCCGCAUCUCUGUUUGUCACUGACUCAGAUGAACUCGAGGGCCAGGCCUCCCCCCUUUUUGUGGACUUAGGGUUGUGAGACAUGGCUGGGGUUUAUAUGUGUUUUUUUUUAGCAUUCUUGUGGUCAUUAUUAUUAUUAUUAUUAUUAUUAUUAUAGAAUGAUUUAAACAAACUGAGAAGAGGCGGAGUGUUGCAGUGGCACAGGACAGUGCUCGGGAGCAGCGCCACAGUAAAGAAGAAGAGUCUUCCCCCUCCAUCCGACUCCCUCUUCCUCCCCCCGCUUUCUUCAUCUGUCCCUUCGUCCCACCACGAUGGCUCCCGCCCUCCGACACUCCCUACGAGCCCCACCCUCCUCCUCUCUGUUCAUCUGCUGUCCCCAUUCCCCGCCCUCACAGAUAACUAUGUAUUUUAUUUAGAAAAGUUUUAUUCUUGGCAUAUACAGAAAUGCAUUAUAAAUUGUUAAGCUGCCCCCAGCAUUUUAGGGGCCACUUCUAUUUGUAUAUAUGUGUAUUUGCGGUAACUUGAGUUUGUAUUUGUGUUCGGGAGCAUGUUGAAUGGGGUGGGAAACUGAUGCCAGCCAACAGCUGAAGUUUGGUAAAUUUUGGCUGCCGGUUUUGUCGAGUCAACUGGUGAGCAUCCAUCACUUAGAGGUUGUUUUCUAAAGUUUGUUGGCUUGUGUGAUAGAAACGUAGCUGAUGGAUCUUUGGGAAGGAAAAAAUACAUCUGCACCGGCGGCUGGUUGAUAAAAAAAAAGCUAGUUUCCUGCUCUAGUGUCUCGUGUGUUGGAUCAAACAGUGUCAUAAACACAUGACAUGUCUAAUGGAAGCAGUUUGUGUCUAACUUGUAAAAAGUUACAGAAAACUCAACAGGGGGCAAUUUUGUUUUUAUCAGUCUUUCUUCGGACAGGUGGAAAUGUAAACAGUGUUUUUUUUUUUCUAAUAAAUGAAUGUUGAAUUCA